UAUGUCAAAAUCUCUACUAAAUAUUCUACAUAACUACAAUGUAAAAAAUAAUAAGUAUGUAAAUAAUAGAAGAUAAUGUUUAAUUAAUGGAAUACGAAUAAGUAUGGCAAAGCGGCGUGUUUACGCAGGCAGGUAUUCCCGAAGCCGUAAUAGUGGGACCCGACAGAACACCAAUCAGCCAGUGUAUACAGCCAAUAUUCACCAAUUUAUCAAACUCGUGGCCGAUUAUUUAGGAUUGAUGUAUGAUAAAAUAACGAAUAACUAUAUAAUGUUGGCAACUGUAUUUAUUGUUGUUCUACUGAGUUUUCUUAUACCAGACAUAUCACAAAAAAUACAUGCCCAAAACGAGUUGAAGUCUAUAAAGAAAGUCAUUAAUCUUAUGUCGCAAGAAGUGGACCGUGCGGAAGUCGCAUGCCAUGCAGCGGCUGACGAUAUCUGCUACCUGCAUUGCUCUAUGCACGAUGAUGCUACUGAAACUAAGAAAGAUUUUCGUGAUUUAUCAAUAUGCACAAGCCGCUGCCUCCACCUAGCCAUGUCUGAACCUAUUCAGGUCGAGAAAAAAAAUGGUUUCUUUCGACGAAUCUUCUUUCCACAUAGAAAUACCUCGCAUAAGGUGAAAUGAUUACUGGAAACAGUAUCCCACUCUCUUUGUACAAUAUGAAGAGGUAUUAUUAUAUCUAUAUGAUAUUAAAUAACAUUAAAAAAGUUCUACUAAAAAUAUACAUUGCGAGAUGCA